AUGGUCAGAUCUGCGUCUUCUUUGCCUCUUUUCCGCGGCAUUUUCCCGGGGAAGAGUGUGAACGAGGUCUCCUUUACGCGACCAGAAGAAGGGCUCUCUCUUCUCCAGUGUCUGAGCCGGUCUGGGGAGCUCCUACGGGGCUCUUCAUCUCUGCCGUUUUCCCUCGACGAAGCCGUCCGCAUGAUGAGGGUGAUGAUUCAGAGUGAGGUCUACGAUUCCACGUUCUACGACAUUCAAAGACAGGGAAGAAUCUCCUUCUACAUGACUUCCUUCGGUGAAGAGGCUUCACUUGUCGGAAGCGCCGCUGCGCUGCAGAAAGACGACCUCGUUCUUCCGCAGUACCGCGAGCUCCCGGCCCUCAUGUGGAGGGGUUUGACGCUUGACGACAUUCUCGCGCAACUCUUUGCCACAACGAAGGAUCCUGGGAAAGGCAGGCAAAUGCCUGUACACUACGCAGCGACGCACGUAAACAUGAUGCCCGUCUGCUCCCCGCUUGCAGUCAAGAUACCUCAGGGCGCGGGUGUUGGCUAUGUGUAUAAACUUCAAAAGAAGGACGCCGUGGCGGCUGUCUAUUUUGGGGAAGGCGCUGCAUGCGAGGGCGACGCCUCUGUCGGGUUCAACUUUGCUGCAACUUUGGGUUCCCAGACUCUCUUUCUCUGCCGAAAUAACGCCUAUGCAAUCAGCACGCCAGUCGAAGAACAGUACAAGGGAGAUGGAGUUGGGGCGCGUGCGGUCGCCUUCGGCAUCGACACCAUCCGCGUAGACGGAACCGACCUAGUAGCAGUGUAUGCGGCAGUGAAGGCGGCGCGAGAGUUCGUUGUGUCGCAGCACAAGCCUGCUUUCGUCGAAAUGAUGACCUACAGGGCAGGUGGAGCGCGGAAGAGGAGAGUGCACUCGUGGAAGAGACGCGGAGGGAGGUCCUGGCAAAAAUUCGCUUUCGUCGGAGAAACCAGCGAGAACCUCCGCAGUGGUGCCUCUUCCGCGUUCACAGAGACAGGGAAGGCGUAA